ACUGCCUUGCUGCUGUGGCUUCUGGUUCAGCGUCUCAGUGCACUUACUUUAGGACAUGCCUCCAAAUGCAUCCUACGAAAUGACUUUGAGCCAGGCUUGGCGGCUGGUGGAGAAUUUAUAAUAGGUGGUAUUUUUCCUUUGCACUAUAAUCAGGAGAUGCCAGACCUCAAUUGUACUUACAAACCAGGGCCGGUCAAAUGUAACGGGUUUGAUCCGAGAGCUUUCCGCUGGGCCAUUACAAUGCAGCUUGCAAUAGAGGAAAUAAACAGAAGAAAUGAUCUCUUACCUAACCACACGAUCGGUUACAAAACAUUUGACUCUUGUGCAUAUCCUCUGACUGGCCAGAGAUCAGCAGUAGCUGUUUUAAAUGGGCCAAAUGAGGAAGAAAGCCCCAUGUGUUCAGGUGCCAGUCCACUGCUUGCUAUUAUAGGAGAAUCCGGAUCAGCUCAGUCUAUUGUACUUUCUAGAAUGUUAAAGUCAUUCAGAAUUCCAAUGAUCAGUUAUUUUUCAUCCUGCGCCUGUCUGAGUGAUCGGAGAGAGUUCCCUACAUUCUUUAGGGUCAUCCCUAGUGAUGACUAUCAAGUGAAGGCCAUUGCAAAACUCCUGCGGCAUUUUCAAUGGACCUGGGUCGGAGUGGUACGAGGAGAUCACGAGUACGGUCGCUUUGCCCUUCAAGGUUUACUGAAGGAGCUGGAGGGCACGGACGUAUGUGUAGCAUAUCAGGAAAUGAUCCCUCUGCUAUAUGACCGCCGGAGGGCGCUAGAAAUCAUCCGUGUCAUGAGCACCUCCACUGCUCGGGUGGUGGUAGUGUUCUCUGCUGAAGGGGAGCUCACCCCCUUCCUGACAGAUUACAUGGAGCAGAACGUCACUGGUAUACAGUGGAUUGCUAGUGAGGCAUGGGUGACAUCCUCAGUAUUCACAGGGAGUGAGUAUUAUCCUUUCCUGGGUGGGACCAUUGGAUUUGGAAUCCGACAGGGUCAGAUCCCAGGGUUAAGGGAGUAUCUCAUGACGGUGAACCCAGAGAGAUAUCCCUCUAACACUUUGGUUCAGGAGCUCUGGGGGGCUUUAUAUGGCUGUUCCCCGUCUUCAUCCUCCAGCGUGAACAGUCAUCUGCCCCCCUGCACCGGGCAGGAGACUCUUAGGGAGCAGCACUCUGCCUAUAUGAACACUUCCAGCCUUCGUAUUUCCUAUAAUGUUUAUAAAGGAGUGUAUGCCAUUGCUCAUUCUCUGCAUAAUCUCAUUCAAUGUAGUCCUGGGAAAGGGCCUUUUAAUAACUCCACAUGUGCAAACAUAGAUAAUGUCUACCCGUGGCAGUUACAGCACUAUCUCCAAGAGGUGUCAUUCGCUAUUUCAGGAGAGACAGUGAAGUUUGACAUGAAAGGUGACUCAAUUCCAUCGUAUGACCUCAUAAACUGGCAGAGGGGCUCGGCUGGAAAUAUUGAGUUUGUUAAUGUGGGCAUGUUCGAUGGUGCACAAGAAUCAGGCCAAGAGCUGGUCAUCCAGGAGGGGGAAAUCAUGUGGCCUGGCCAUCAGACUGAGGUGCUGGUAUCUGUGUGCAGCAACAGCUGCACUCGAGGAUUCAGGAAGGCGGUCCGUCCUGGGGAGACUCUAUGCUGCUUUGACUGUGUACCCUGUGACAGUGGCAAAAUCAGUAAUCAGACAGAUUCAAUAGACUGUAUGUCCUGUACUGAAGAUUACUGGUCUAAUGCUGAUGGAACUGUAUGCAUUCCUAAAGUGGUUGAAUUCCUGACCCACGAUGCAAUGGGGAUGACCCUAACAGUGAUAGCUGUAAUCGGAGCCUGUCUCACUUUAGCGGUGUUUGCUGUAUUUCUGUAUUACAGAAACACGCCUAUAGUACGCAUCAAUAACUCAGAGCUCAGUUUCUUCAUCCUGCUAUCUUUGACUCUGUGUUUUCUGUGUUCUUUGGUGUUCAUUGGAGAACCCACAUCCUGGUCCUGCAUGCUCAGACACACUGCUUUCAGCAUCACCUUCUCUCUCUGCAUCUCCUGCAUCCUGGGAAAGACUUUAGUGGUAUUAGCAGCGUUUACAGCUACUCGACCUGGAAACAAUAUCAUGAAAUGGUUGGGUCCCACACAGCAGAGAAUCAUCAUCUUUAGCUGCACUUUAGUUCAAGUGUUGAUAUGUACUACCUGGCUUAUAGUGUCCCCACCGUUCCCCUAUAGAAACACUAAAUAUCAACAGUCUAAGAUCAUUCUGGAUUGCAGUGUUGGCUCUGAUCUGGCCUUCUGGUGUGUGCUGGGAUAUAUCGGCCUCCUGGCCUGUGUUUGCUUUUUUCUGGCUUUUUUGGCUCGAAAGUUGCCGGGCAAUUUUAAUGAGGCCAAGUACAUCACUUUCAGCAUGCUUAUUUUUUGUGCUGUUUGGUUGGCUUUUGUACCUGCAUAUGUCAGUUCACCUGGAAAAUUCACAACAGCUGUAGAGAUUUUCGCUAUUUUAGCCUCUAGUUUUGGUCUGCUGCUCUGUCUUUUCACCCCAAAGGUUUAUAUAAUUUUAGUUAAGCCAGAGAAAAACACCAAACAACAUCUCAUGGGAAAAGACAAAUAA